AUGGCAAAGAAAGCAAAGUCACGCACCAUCGCCGUGCGCCUCAUCUCCAUGGCUCUUACUGGUUACUACAAGACCCUCGUGCGCCCGCGUCAACACAGACCGUUGAGUAUGCUGAAAUACGAUCCUGUCGUCAAGAAGAAGGUUCUCUUCCUCGAGGCAAAGCGCGGUGGUUCAAAGUAA